UCGAGAGGGGCUAGGUGGAUUUCCUCUGGUUUUCACUCGUCAGCGUGGACAACAGAGACGAGGUCAAGAUGAACCAGACCAAGGUGGUAGAAGAGGAACUGUAUAACUACUAUGACUACUCAGACUGGUACUCCAACAAUAUGGAACCCACCAGACCUCCAAAAGAAGUAAUUCUCCCAUGUGACCCCACGGCGGACGACCAGCUGUUUCACAUAUGUAUCGCUUCAGCAUCUCUCGUUGUGGUGCUGAUUCUAGCAGUCCUGAAGAGGAGAAAGACUCUAUGUGAGGGUUUCGCCGGUGGAUCAACUGGCAUCUCAAGUCCAGUGAACUUCCUGGACCAGACGCAGCACAAAGCCCUAGCAGUAGCUGUGUUUGGGCUGGUCUUCAGCAAGCUGUCUGUAUUGGUCCUGGCUCCAGAUCCCCUGCCCUUCUCCAAAGACACCCCUCAGGAAAUCAAAGAGUACAUGAAGAUCAUCGCCAUCUUCUACUGGCCUGCCCUGUACUACCCACUCCUGGCCUGUGGUACGCUCCACAGUAAACUGGGCUAUGUGCUGGGCAGUCUAUUCUCCUGGACCCACUUUGCUGUCCUCGUCUGGCAGAAGAUUGACUGUCCCAAAACACCAGAGCUGUAUAAGUACUAUUCCCUGCUGGCCAGUCUCCCACAGAUAGGCUGUCUAGGAUUCCUCUGUAUCAAGUACCCACUACUGUUUCUCAAAGGUGCUAAUGGUUCUGAGGACCUGGAGAGCAGCUACUACACAGACUACGUGAAACUCAUUCUAAAGAAGAAAAAGUCAAACAUCAGUACCUCUAUCAGAUCAGAUAAACCCAGACUGUUGGAGACUAUAAAAGACACAGUCAGGUCCUACAUCUACACCCCAGAGAAAGUAUUCCGGUUUCCACUAAAGCUGGCGAUCUCAGCAUUUGUGUCCUCCAUAGCAGUUUAUCAGGUGGCGCUGUUGCUGGUAGUACUGGUGAUCCCCACCCUCCACAUAGUCCGUGCUGGUAUAGAUGACAAGUUCCCCUUCCUUCUGGAGGGCUUUGGUAUCGUCCUAUCAGAGGACAGGAUGGAGGUGGUCCAGAUAGUCAUUCACUAUACCUGGUGUCUGGAAGUGUGUUACCUGUGUGGGUUGACCUUGGCCUGUUCGCUCACCCUGAUCAUGCUCAUGAGGUCCAUGAUCCUUCACAGAUGGAACCUUCAGGGCUUGUACAGAGGAGAUAUUUACAACUUGUAUAAUUGCCAGAAGAGCAUCCGUCCGUCUCAGACGGGCCUAGUGUGUUGGAUGGGCUACAUUGGAUAUCAGGCUGCUGUCAUCUCUUUAGGAAUGGUCCUCCAGACUCUGGUCUUCUUCAUCUGUUUUGUGUGGUUGGUGUUCCUCAUCAUCAUCCCCAUCUUGUAUGGCCAGAACCUCAUACUCUUCCAGGUCGCUGCCAAGGCCUGGCCUGUGUGGGUGACGUUGAUACUGACUAUUACUCUACAACACGUGACAGCCAGGUUCGCUUUCAUCAAAAAGGAUGCUGGGACAAGAGACUUGAACAACAGAGGCAGUCUGUUCCUGCUUACCUACCUGCUCUUCCUGAUCAACAUUGUGGUGGGGUUGAUAGCUGCCAUCUGGAGGAUGGUCAUCACUGCCCUCUAUAACAUCAUCCACCUGGGGCGCAUGGACAUCAGCCUCCUCAACCGCGCUGCUGAAACCUACGACCCGGCUUAUUGUUACUACACCCACUACCUGAAGGUAGAGGUCAGCCAAUCCCACCCUGUGAUGAAGGCCUUCUGUGGGCUGGCACUGCAGGCUGCCUCGGCUGGAGGCGCUGGGCAGAAGAUGCGAGAUGCAGAGGAAGGGAUCCAGCUGGUGAAUCAGGAGAAGAGACGGGACAAGGUGGUUAACAGCAGGAGGGUGCGAGCACGCUGGCAGUUACUCUACACACUGGUCAACAACCCAUCUCUACUGGGGUCCAGAAAACACUACCAGCUGCAGCCCUCUGACAGCUUCGAGAAUGGAACGAACCGUAGCGCCGCGGCAGGAAGCAAGAAAGACGCCAGCAGCAAACCCCCCGCUGCCGAGGCAGGCGCUGCUACACCCUCCGCUGCCGAGGCAGGCGCUGCUACACCCGACGCUGCUGCUGCUAACUGAGACCAUGACACACGGCCAUGACUGAUGUCAUGUGGUUUAUGGGGUACUGACACUCUGCUGCUCUCUAUACAACCCAAUGUUCCAACUGCUUGGUCUUCGGGGUAGCAGGUGACUGUAGAGACCUGUAUUUCUGUAGGUGCAGUCAAGUGCCUUGGCUUGUUCAGAUCCACAUGAAGUGAAUCUCUAUGUAGGUUGCUUUCGGUGUCAUAGUGUUGUCUGCAAUGUCGAUUUCAAAAUUUGCUGGUCUAUUAUUUAGUUUUUGUAAAGGUCGUUAUGGUGAAAUAGUACAAAAUCUCAACGGUUGCAUGUGUUUGGUUAUGAUGCACAGAAUACAUCCUGUUUUAGCAUCCACUAUCCACCUCUUCGUUUAAUGUAUUGCCCUUUUAUCAGUUGUUUCGAUACGUUUUCAGAGGUUGAGAUAUUUGCUUUCAAAAUAUAUAUAAAAGAACAAUGAUACAACAUUUAGCCAAAAAAAUAAAUGUAACUGACAUCACAAUCCAGUGUGAAAAAAAUCAACUGUUUUUCUCCUAGGUGGGAGUAUGUGAUUAAGACUCUUAUUUUGAAAGAGAGACUUCUUUUCAAACAAAUAAAACAGUUUUAAAGUAAAUACAGGGGGAACAACAAGCGUGUAAGCAUGUUUUCAAGAACCAUGAUGACUGCGUAUGGAAACCCAUUUUACAGAAGCCAAUAUUCAGACAGUUCAUUCGUAGUACAACAACCCCAUUAUUGGCAUUUCACUAUCGAUCGAAUAACAUGCCAUGUCCGGAAGCUGCAAAUCAAUAAUGAACAAGCAUUCCUUGUCAAUACUUUAUUACUUCAGAGGA